GUCAUUGAAAAUGCCUCUGCCUGCAGAACGCACGUACAGAUAUGUUGACACUUCAAGAAGUCCUACCGCCAUCAUUAGCGUGGAACAAUUCCUUCGAGCUACACCAGGAGGGGAGUCUUGUAGGAAGUCACCAACCUACUCUCCCACCUCGUCUUCCCCUUCCUCUCCUUACUUUGAGAAGUUGAAGAACCAAGACCCAGAAGAAGACCAUGGCCUCUAUCAGAAGAAAUCAGUCCUCACCAAAGUAAAGGAGAGGGCCAGGAAAUUCCGCUACAGCCUCAGCAAGAGAAGAAUGGAUGACGACAACGUCACACCCUCUUGGGGUGUUAGCUUAGAAGAGGAUGAGGAAGAAGACCCUGAAUACCUUGGAGCUCCAAUGUAUGAAUCAGAGCUGGCACCUGAGGAAUACAAAGAAUAUGCAAGGCAACAUCCAAGAGCAAAUCCAGUAAUCUCUGAGAAGCAUGUUUUGCACAACGCUGUCAAAUUAGGAGCGGAGCAGGAUCAACAGAAGUCACGUGGUGCUGUCAGUGCCAGGUUCACGACAACAACUCCAAACAUGACAUCUGAAACCACAGCUCAGAAACUGACACCUGUCUAUGUUGGAGUGUCAAAUGCAGCUAAUGCUAUAUCCUCCAAAAUUCAAGCUGUUUCUAGUUCCACAACUGCUCCUGCAGCCAACGACAUGUCCUCACAUACCUCAUCACUUCCAUCAUCUUCAAUGCAAAAUUCAUCAUCCGCUUCCCUGAGUGGGAAGAAUACAUCUUGCCAAAAGAGUGCUUCUCUCAGAGAUAAUUUGAUGAACCAGUGUGAACAAGGUGAUAGAGCCCGAAAUGUGCCUACAAUGCAAAAAUCAUCAUCCUUAUCUGCUUCGAUGACUGAGAAUAAGAAUAUUACAAGCCUAAUGAGUGCUUCAGUUAAAGAUUAUUCAAUGAACAAGUCUGAGCCAAGGGAUGAUGCAAAAACUGUGUCUCAGCCUCAGGUGAUGAUAUCUGAAGCAACGAGUCCUAAGAGAACUUCUAGUAAUGCAGGUGUGAUGGACAAGGUGAGAGGAGCUGUGAAUUCAUUGCUGGGGAAUGAGGAACCAUCACAACAAUAUGGAGUCAAAACUCCUACUACACGCACUUCGUCACAGCAAACUCAACAAGUUGAUCAGGAAGAGAACCGUAGGAGAAUUCUACAGGAAAAUUGAAAAUCCUCCAGAGAUGUCCUUUAUAAACUUUUGUAUAUGACUACAUGUAUCGAAUAUGUACUUUCUUUUUUGCCAUUUGGUGUAUGUAUCCAAUAAUUAGACUGGAAAUCAUUUCCAAUGUUUUGUAAAAUUCAAUUUGU